AUGUCUCGACCCGAGGAUGACAUCAAGUUGGGAGAUCGAUCUCCAAAUCGAGUUGAAUCUAAUCCAGAUAGCCCUGUGACACUCAACGACAAAACACAGGCAGACGCGACAGCCAAUCCGAUGCCCGACGAAAAUGCACCCAAAUCCGGUGGUCGUGGAUGGGCCUUUUGGGCCAUCUUCGCCAGCUUGUCCGUCACAGCUCUCCUAAGCUCCAUGGAAGGCGGCAUCAUGUCUACGGCUCUCCCAGCGAUUUCGCGCGCUGUAGAUGCCGAAAGGGACUACAUCUGGGUCGUGAACGUUUACUUUCUCACCAGUGCGGCUGUUCAACCUCUCUACGGUCAACUAGCAGACAUCUGGGGCAGACGGUGGCCAAUGCUGGCUUCCGUGGUCAUCUUCGCCGCAGGAUCGGCUGUCUGUGGUGCCGCCAACAACGCGGCGACACUAAUCGGUGGGCGAGCGGUACAAGGGCUUGGCGCCGCUGGCAUCAACACUCUCGUAGAGAUCAUCCUUUGCGACCUCCUACCGCUGAGGGAGCGUGGACAAUUCAUGGGACUCCUCUUCCUCUUCAUCGUCAUCGGCUCCGUGCUGGGACCCUUUCUAGGUGGGAUCAUCGUCCAACGGACAUCUUGGCGAUGGGUCUUCUAUCUGAACUUGCCAAUUUGCGGAGUCUGCCUGGCCCUCCUCUUCUUUUCCCUGAACCUCAAGCACCGCAGCGACGAGGACUCAACACCACUGGAAAAGCUCAAAAGGAUUGACGUUGUCGGUCUCCUUCUUCUGUGCGCAUCUGUCACGUCACUUCUAUACGGUCUUACGUACGGCGGCGGAUCAAAGUACGCGUGGUCCCAUCCGGUCAUCAUAAUUACGCUGGUGCUGGGUGUCAUCGGCCACGGCUUGUUUAUCGGCUUUGAGGCAUCGCCUUGGUGUCCUCAUCCAGCUUUGCCGAUAUCACUGUUCCAGAAUAGAACGUCUGUGGCCGCCUAUGUGGCCGAGGCUGUGCAGAUCCUGGUAUCAUACGGCGCCCUUUACUUCCUCCCGCUCUAUUUCCAGUCAACGCUUCUGGUUUAUCCCGAAAGAUCUGGAAUUCUGCUCCUACCGUUCUCGAUAUUGUUCUGCAUAUCUGCUGCUGUCGGUGGUGCUCUAGUCACAAAUAUGGGCAAAUUCCGUAUGGUACAUAUCGGCAGCUUUGCACUGAUGACGAUCAUGAUGGGCGUCUUCACCUUGCUCAACCGUAACACACACCUCGCUGUAAUCGCAAUCACGGGGAUUAUCACGGGUAUCAGCGUCGGUCUUCCCAACGCCUCCAUCUUGACCGCCGUUCAAGCGGCGUUGCCAGACUCGCUCAACGCGGCCAGCACCAGCGCAUUCGCCUUCAUCAGAAGUAUUUCCACCGUCUUUGCCAUCACGAUCCCAGCUGCUAUCUUCAACAGUCGAUUUGACGAGCUACUUUCGUCCUCCGGCCUGGACAGCAAUGCGAGGGCAAGCUUGGGCCUUGGCCAGGCUUACCAACAGGCGUCGCGAGAUUUUGUCCGUUCCUUCCCUGAUGCGGUGCAGAACGAAAUCAUCGGCCUAUACGAGGUGAGCCUACAGCGCGUCUGGCAGGUGCUCAUCGCGAUCGCGGGUCUUGGCGUUAUUGCGUCUUUGAUAGAGAAAGACCUGGAGUGUCGCACCGAACAAACAACAGAGGAAUUUGGUCUGAAAGAGGAAAAGCCGGGCCAGACAUCUUCCAACAGUGAGGUAUAG